AUGAUUCCGCCGCUUUGUAAGUUCUUCUUACUCGGUACAUGCACCGAUGGAGGCGAGUGCAAGUUCCUGCACACGGCUCCAGCUCAGGGGUCAGCUUUGCGUGUGAACACCAAAACUGGCGAGAAAAUUUUGGAACCGGGUUUUUAUGGAAUCUCGUGCAAGUUUUUUAAAUAUGGUAAUUGCUGCAAUGGGAACAACUGUCCGUAUUUACAUUCGGAAGAGGAAGGAAGACUUGAGAACAAGGCUGAAGUCGCGACAGAUGGACCGCGUACACUACAGUCUCAGAUAGAUAAAGUGGAAAAAAAAGGUAGUCAUACUGCUGAUAUGUCGGGCGGAGGGCACGGUGUUGACUACAACGGGGAGGAAGAAGCGACAGAGCUCAGGGACUUUAUUACCAAGGAGGAAGAACUGUAUUACUAUGGAGAUCCAAGUGACUUGAAAGGAGCGAUUGCCGAAUCCAAACCGUCCAUGACGAAAGAAUCAUAUGGUGAGGCUGCCAAGAAAGACCAAAAACACGAAAUAAUGCCAUUUUAUGAACAGCGUCCCACACCACCCAAAAUGUGCAAUUUUUUCCUUAAAGGGAAGUGUCGGUACGAAAAAUCGUGCUUUUAUUCUCACUCGCUGUUCGAGCGCGUAGAAUCUGAGGAUGAGAAGCUUGCGAUAGAGGAAGAGAUUCGUUUAUCCCAGGGUCUGCAAUGCGACAUUUGCUACGAAAAUAUUAUAAGAAAAAAUGAGCGAUUUGGAUUGCUGUCUGGAUGCAAUCACUCCUUUUGUCUUACUUGCUUAAGAAAUUGGCGAAGCAGUGAAAUUCAGCCAAAGCAGACAGUGCGUCAGUGUCCUGUGUGUCAGACCAAGACAAGCUUCAUUAUUCCAUCAAGUCGGAUGGUCAACAACCCGGGUCGCAAAAAAGCCCUCGUGGAAGCUUACCGAAAGAAAUUAAAUGGCGUUUCGUGUCGCCGCUUCGAUGAAGGAAGAGGGGCAUGUCCAUUUGGAACUAGCUGUUUUUACGCCCACCGUUAUCCGGAUGGGACUUCAGCACAAGUGCAAACCACAGUUGAUGCUGACGGCCAAUGUAAUCUCCUUCGUCAAGAAAGUGUUUAUGAAUUGCAUGUACAAUCUUAUGUUUCGAGACAAAUUUGCAACGAUUAA